UCCACUUUUUUUCCUGCCCCCUUUCGCUUUCUUCGGGCUCAUAAUCAUCCAGUCCCUGGCAAGGAAUAGCGUGAUUGAUGGUAAACAACCGAAUCAGAACUAGCUUCGCUCUCCCCUCAAACUUUUCCCCCUAUUUUUUUUUAACAUCCACCUUUUUUUAGAGGAGCUUUCCUUUUUGUUUCUUCCCCCCCCCUUUUUUUUUUCCUGCUGUUGUUCAGGAAAAGAUCUGGGAGCAGAACAUACUUGGCGGAGAGCAGAUUAUUCUACUAGUCACACUCUUGGAAGGAGGAGAAGGGACGCCAAGAUGCUAAAACGCUCAUUAUAUGGGGAAAGCAACUGCAGAACCAGGAAAAGAAAUGGCGUUCACCUUUGUGGAAGAAGUUGGCUGUCAUGGCCCGUAGCACCUUAAAACGAGAUAUCCCUCGUAGAGUUUGGGUUCAAGAUCAUGCAAGAUUCUGGUGGGAGACUGCAAUCUGGUGGGAGACUGCAAAGUUCUGCAAUCCUGGUAUGAUGAUCUAUGGCUCGCCAACUUUCAUAUUACGAGGGCAACAUUAUACGAAAUAGCUGGCCUUCUUCGACACCAUCUGGAAAGGCAGGGAACCAAUAUGUGAGAUGCAAUACCAGUGGAGAAGAGGGUUGCUGUGACUGUUUGGUGGCUGGCAACAAUGGAGUGUUACCGGGAGGUAGCGGUGAACUUCGGACUGGGGAAGUCAACCGUGGGAGACAUUGUGGUGGAGGUCUGCCUGGCUAUAGAGCAUGUUCUUCUUUCAAGAACUGUCAAUAUUGGAAAUCAUCAGGAGGUAAUGGACGGCUUCAUGAGAAUGGGAUUUCCACAGGUGAUUGGUGUUGUUGAUGGUUGCCACAUCCCUAUAAUGGCUCCUGCGGGACAGGGCAAGGAAUAUAUCAACUGCAAAGGUUUUUACUCGAUUUUACUGCAAGGGACUUGUGAUCAUACUGGUCGUUUCAUUAACAUUGAGGUUGGCUGGAGUGGGCAAAAUCAUGACUCCUUCGUUUUUCGCAACUCAGCUAUCUUUCAAGCAAUGGAUGCUGGGGUGUUCGUCCCAGGUAACCCCACAACAACAAUCAGGGGGGUUCAAGUGCCUCCAUUCAUCCUUGCAGAUGUUGCCUACCCAAUGCACCGUUGGCUGAUGAAGCCCUAUGGGGGACAUCUGGACAACUUCCAGAUGGCUUGUAACUCCAUCUUAACCGCUGCAGAAAUGUGGUUGAAAGAAGUUUUGGGCGUUUAAAAUCUAGGUAGAGACGUCUUACUGCACGCCUACCUGUCGCAGAGGAAAAUUUUGUAAGUGUUGUGACUUCCUGUGUAGUGCUACACAACAUUUGCAAGAGCAGGGGACAUAUUCUCCACGAGCACUUAGACGUGUCAGAUGAGUUGGAACUUCCGGCAUAUGAGGAGCAGUUCCACAGAAAUGACAAUACGAAUGCGUGCAGGGGGAAUGCGGUUAGAGCUGCUAUCACUCGCUUUAUAAUGGAGAACAAUUUUAAAGUGGAUUUCUUCCUUCAACAUGAAUGUCUGAGUAAUAUGUCCCACCCUCAAUGUUAGAUCAAUGUUAGUUCUCUAUAUUUCCUUUACCUCCUUUCCCCUUGCUCCUCUUUCAAGUGUU